AUUCCCAUGCCAGCCGAUCAUUCGUUCUUCGAAUCUGGAGCUUUAAACAAGAGGUCGGCAUGCACUCGAAUGGCCUGUGUACAUUGUCGCCUGUGAUGAAGGGUCUGCUGAUGCUGGCUGCGGUCAUGGAAAUGCUAGCGAUGAUUGGGGCUAUGCCAGAGGAAGAGUCGCAGCAGCUUUUCGGGGACAUACACAUCACGAGCGAUAUGGAAUCGCUCAGUCUUACUCGAGAGCGCCAAAAGCAUCUCUGCCAGCGCGAGGUGCCCGUUGUCUUCUUUCAAACACAGAAGGAUUCACCGCCUCGAGGCAAUGGCUCCACGAUUUUCUACCACCGCAUCGAUGUCUGCUGUCUGGGCUACAGGCGCAAUCCCUACUCCGGCAGAUGCGUGCCAGACUGUUCGCAGAGUUCGCCGGACAACUGCUUCAACGGCUUCUGCCGUGCCCCUGGACAAUGUGAGUGCUUUGCAGAGUUCGUGCGCAACGCGCACGGUGCCUGCAUCCACACCUGCCCCAUUUCUUGCCAGGAUGGCCGGUGUUUUCUGAACGGGACCUGUGCCUGCCAUCCUGGCUAUGCCCUGGAUCGGGAGACGCGCCUCUUCUGUCGCCCACAUUGCUCCCAGGACUGCGGAACUCAUGAGGAAUGCGUCGCUCCAGGCAUGUGCGACUGUUCCCCUGGCUAUCGUCGCACCGACGAACUGGGCUGUCAACCCAUAUGCACCCCGGACUGUGGAUACGGAAAGUGUGUUGGUCCCAACCAGUGCGAGUGCUUUCCUGGCUUCAUCAAGCGACCGCAGCGAAGUGUCUGUGAGGCAGAGUGUCAUAUUAAUUGCGAGAAUGGCUUCUGCGAGUCGAGGUACAAGUGCCAGUGUCGGGAGGGCUAUCGCUAUGAUCUGAACACCACCAGCUGCCUCCCCGAGUGCGUCGACGACUGCGGCCAUGGGAACGGAGUGUGCAUUGCCCCGGGAGUUUGUCGCUGUUUUGAGGGACACGAGGGCCGAGGGAAUGGUUGUCAUCCCAAGUGUGAUGGAUCCUGUGGCCCCCACGGACUGUGUCUGAAGCCCAAUAUCUGUGGCUGUCAGCCAUCCCAACAGCAUUGCUUGAACGGCAGCUGCGAUGCUAACGGCCAUUGUCAUUGCCCCAACGGACAGACGCACUUCGUCGAUCGCUGCCUAAGGCCACAGCAGCUCAUCCAUCAGCUGGUCACAAAUGAAAGAAGAGUGCACUUUAACCUGCAACUUGGCUACGAGUUCAAUGCCCUGAUCGGACGUCACUUUAAUCUCAGCUAACCCGUACAAUAGAGCUUGGAUCACUAGAAGUAGAUCUUACCUUAGUAAAAGGACCAUAUGUAUGUGCAGGAAUUAUUUUAAAUUUGUCUUAAAAAGUAAUAGCUGCUUGUUUGGUUUGACUAUGCAGUUCUUAUCUCUUAUUGUUGUAGAGAUCAAAUAGAUCGCGCUCUACCUAGAAAAGAGAUGUAUGAGCAAUCAUGUUUUUUCAUGUUUUAGGAGGGGCAGUGUUAGCACUUUUUCAAGAAAAGUGACAAGCGGAUUGAUUUAGUACGUAAGCACUCAUUAUUACAUCAAACCAAUAAGAAUUUAAAAUAAAAAUGCAUUUUUAGCUAAAAAUGACGCAUGGUGCAGAAAUUUCUGAGUAAGAACAGGGAAGGAUCAAGAAAAUGAAGUUAGCCCGCAUCAAAACUGGUCGAAUAGCUUCGCUAAUGUAUCGACAUCGAAAUAUUAUCAAAACAUUAUUAACAAAUCCAGACGGUUAUCGCAGCCAUAAGAAAAUGGACAAAACAGCACUUGCGGCAGUUUGCAACAAAAUCAAGGCAGAACUUGGGUAAGACCCAAGAGACCCGGAGACCCAAGACCCAGAGACCGGCUUCAUCCACGGCCAACUUGCCACAAGUGGAACCAUGGUGAUGGAUCGCUUAUGAUAUGGGCGGCCUUUAGUGCUAAAGGGAAGUAUCCAAUAUGUUUUAAACCAGAUAGGAUAAAUGCUCAAGCAUAUAUAGAAUUGGUAGAUUUUAUUUAAUUUGCUGAGC